GAGGCAGGAAGGGAGGCAGGAGGGGCACUGCGCAGCCGCGGUCCGGAGGCGGCGGCAGGAAUGGCGUCCGUGGUGCUGAGCGAGGCGGAGAAGCUCUACAUCGUGCACGGCGUGCAGGAGGAUCUUCGUGUGGAUGGUCGUGGCUGUGAAGACUACAGAUGUGCAGAAGUAGAAACAGAUGUUGUAUCAAACACAAGCGGAUCUGCAAGAGUAAAGCUGGGAGACACUGAUGUCUUGGUAGGCAUAAAAGCUGAAAUGGGGACACCAAAGUUAGAGAAACCCAAUGAAGGAUACCUGGAAUUCUUUGUUGACUGUUCUUCAAACGCUACCCCUGAAUUGGAAGGCCGGGGAGGAGAAGAACUUGGCACAGAUAUAGCGAAUACACUCUACAGAGUAUUUAGCUGUGAGAACAGCCUAGACUUGAAAUCCCUUUGUAUUAAUCCCAGAGAGCACUGCUGGGUUCUCUAUGUUGAUGUAUUGUUAUUGGAAUGUGGUGGGAACAUCUUUGAUGCAAUCUCUAUCGCAGUGAAGGCAGCUCUCUUUAACACAAGAAUACCCAAAGUGCGUGUUCUGGAGGAUGAAGAAGGCACCAAAGAGAUUGAGCUGUCUGAUGACCCUUAUGAUUGUAUUCGACUUAAUGUAGAGGAAGUGCCCUGUAUUGUCACGCUAAGCAAAAUUGGAUAUAGGCAUGUGGUGGACGCUACCCUUCAGGAAGAAGCCUGUUCUUUGGCAAGCCUGCUUAUUUCUGUGACCAGUAAAGGUGCCCUCACUUCUAUGAAGAAAGUGGGGAAAGGUAGCCUGGAUCCUGAGAGUAUUUUUGAAAUGAUGGAGACAGGACAAAGAGUAGGCAAGUCACUGCACAUAGCCCUUCAGAAGAUUUUGGAUGAAGAAGAGAGUUUGGGGACGUCACGGCCAAAAGUUGGAUUUCUAGGAUGAGAUUUUAUUAAAUGUUCAAAACUGUUUUUAAUUAA